UAAUCACUUACAAUAAAGACAUACACACAAAGUACAAGUUAAGUAAAAAGCAGAUACGUCAACGAAAAAAUAAAAAUUGUCUAGCUGUUUUAACAGGCCAUUAAAUAGCAUUAAUUUAUUGCUAAUAAUUGCGUUUAAAAUAUUUUUAUAGUUUUAUCUAUUUUACUCAAGUCUGCGGUAUGAAGAUGAAGAUUCCAAAUAGUGGCUCCGGUAACGGAUAUUAUGGACAUGAAAGUGGUGUUAUUUCUUAUUUCGAUACUGUUGAACAAGAAAUAGAUCCGCCAGCUGGUGAAAAUGGUGAUUUUGCAGAGUAUAUGUGGAUGGAAAAUGAAGAAGAGUUUGAUAAACAGGUAAUGGAACAGUUAGAAGAAGAAGAACUAAUGGAAGAAUGUCUAGAAGCGAUGUUGGAAGAAGAAAGACAGCAUCAAAGAAAUCAGCUAUCAUCAAAUUGGUGCGAUGUUACAACGGAAGCUAUCAGUGGUAACGAAUUAUGCCAGCAAUUAAGUAGCCUUCGAGUCCACAAUGAUCUUGCGAAAUCGAGUACUUUGAAUCCAGAUGCAGAAGAAUUUAUUCCUUCUUAUAAAGUAACAGCUGUAAGUACAACGGAAGUAACAAGUGAAUCAUCAUAAAACGUAAAUUUAUUUUGAAUAACGCGUGUUAUUUAGUGAGCUAAUUUAAAUAAAUGGGCAUAUAAGGAAUGAUUAUGACGAAUUGAUUAUUGGAUACACAAAUAAAUCUUGAUAGAAACAAAAGGAAAAAUAUAUAAGCUCAUAAUAUAUAUAUACAUAAACACGCAAUAAAGUACAAUGAAUAAUAAUAAAAAUAAUAAUAAUAAAAUUAUUUAAUUGCUAUCAGCCCUCCAAUGACGACCACAGGCGUAUUUUAAUUCCGGAUUUUUUAUUCUUUGGCGUUACAUUAUCGCCUUUAUCAUGUAGUUCGCGGCAUAUGAAAUUAUUAUUUGCUUCUAUAUUAAUUACUAAUCAGUAAUGAUAAAUAAAAAGGACAAAAAAAUAUAAAAAAUAAAACUUACAACAAAAAACAAAAAAAAGUAUAUAAAAUUACAAUUAUAUUAAACAAUAAUCAAUAAAUCUUUUAUUAAUGUACUUAAAGAUAAUUAUUAUAUUGGAAGAUAAAUAUGCACUCAAUCAAUAUCAAUAACAAGAAAAAAUUUUAUUUUAAAAUUUAUUUGUUUUAAAGUUUUGUUUGAUAGGCAAUGAAGCAAUUCAUUAUUUUAAAUAAUGAUUUAU